UGCGGGGUCUGGGGAGAGCAGAUAUAGUGAAUGCAGGGUCCGGGGAGACCAGCUAUAGUGAAUGCAGGGUCCGGGGAGAGCGGCUAUAGUGAAUACAGGGUCCGGGGAGAUCAGAUAUAGUGAAUGCAGGGUCGGGGGAGAGCGGAUAUAGUGAAUGCAGGGUCCGGGGAGAGCGGAUAUAGUGAAUGCAGGGUCCGGGGAGACCAGAUAUAGUGAAUGCAAGGGUCCGGGGAGAGCGGAUAUAGUGAAUGCAGGGUCUGGGGAGAGCGGAUAUAGUGAAUGCAGGGGUCCGGGGAGAACAGAUAUAGUGAAUGCAGGGUCCGGGGAGAGCGGAUAUAGUGAAUGCAGGGUCCGGGGAGAGCGGAUAUAGUGAAU